AUGAAGACCUCAGGUAUCAUUCUCGCUGCUGCGGCCGCUGUUGCCAACGCUCACUACGACGACACUGUCGUCUACGGAACUCCCUCCGCCCAGACCACUCACGUUGGCUUCACCACUGUCUACACUCAGCCCGGCAACGUGACUGUGCCUACUCACUCUACUACUGAGUACACCACCAGCACUGUCUACACCACCAAGACAUACACCGUUACUCAGUGCCCCCCUACCGUUGUCAACUGCCCUGUUGGCCAUGUUACCACCGAGACCAUCGCUGUUUCCACAACUGUCUGCCCUGUCACUGAGGUUACCGAGCCUGCUCACCACGAGCCCAGCAAGCCUCACGAGCCUGUCCACCCCAACCCCACCGAGCCCAGCAAGCCCCAUGAGCCCGUGCCUACUCACCCCGGCCAGGAUGUUAUCACCAAGACUCAGACCUACGCCUACCCUCACCCUACCAACCACGGCCAGAGUGUGACCAAGACCAUCACUUACACCGUCCCUGUUGACCACGCUCACAACGGUACCGCUGUCUACCCUCCUCACACCUACCACCCCGUUCCUUCUGGCGGUGCUCACCCCACCGGUGUUGCCCCUCCUCCUCAUCACGGAUCCGAGGGCGGUAAGACUCCUCAGGGCGAGCACACUAGUAACGACGACGGUACCGACAACGGCAGCCACGACAACAACGGCAACGGCAACGGUAACGACAACAGUGGCAGCAAGGGCAGCGACAGUGGAAGCAAGGGCGGUAACGGUGGUAACACUGGUUCUGACUCUAGCGAGGACCACGAGCCUUCCAGCUCUGAUGUUCCCGAGCCCGUCACUGCCGGCGCUGCCAUGAACACCGUCACCGGUCUCCUGGCCAUCGUCGGUUUCGCUGCCGCCUACCUCAUCUAA